AUGGAAAAUAAUAUGAACAUUCCACUUCAAAAUGGGGGACAUCAAAACUUAUUCACUAUUGAUGAAGAGGAGCACCCCAAAAAUGAUAAUGAUACAAAAAUGUAUAAGAAUUAGGAUUAAACUGCUUCAGACUCUAAUCUCUUUAAAACAAAAAAGAAAAAGCACAGGAAAAAAUUAUAUCGGAAAAAGAAAAGUUUUUAGCCCCUGUCAAAAUAGAUAUAGUCUCCACAAGUAGAAAAUUUAUCUAAUGACAACAAUGAAAUUGAAGAAAUUAAUUCAAAAUAAGAAGAGGAUAGUUUGUUACAUGAUUAGCCACUAUCAUCUUUCAAAAAGCUGAAUAUUCAAAGACCUCUAAGCAUCAGUCAUCAUCCUAUGCAAUAAUAGUAUAAUAGUGGCUCCUCUAGUCCCAUGAGUUUUUCAGAGUAUUCUUCUCUUAACGCUAAUUCCUCCUCAAUCUCUCUUGGGUCACUUUUUGAGUUUAAAAGCACUGAUCAUCAUCAGGAAACAAGAUUCUCACAUCCAAAUGGGGGUCAAUAGAUCAUAAAAAAUUUCGUUAGAAAAGUAAACAGUGAUUUCCCCUACUCCCAGAAAAAGCAAAGAUCAAGAAAAUCUUAUCUAAUUAAGAGUAUCAUUGAAUCAUUACCAGAAUGUGUCGAGGAAGAAAAAAUUGAAGAUGAGGAGGAAAAAUACUAAAGAUAAUCAAGAUUUUCAGUAAUGAUGGAUCACAAUGAGUUUGGACGUCAAGGUGGACGCCAUCGUUCAUUUGAUGGUGUUAAGCGUCGCAGACAUCUGACUGUUAAGAAUUAUCAAUAUAAUCAAUCUUAAUAUGUGAGUGAAACAGAAGAAGAGUAAUACAGCGACGAUUCUGAUAAAAGAAACAAAAAGAAGAGCGGAAGAGGCAUAAAGAUAUUUUCGUUAGGCUAUUUUUCAUAGCUAAUGAACAAGAAAAUUUACUCAGAUGACUUUGAUAUGAGUUCAGAAUUCAAGUUGUUGAGAAGAAAUAAGAAGAAUAAUAGAGGGUCACUCAUGGAGUAUCCUAUAAAUGAGGAUGUAGAGUCAGAAAAUUAAGAUGACUAUUUGAGUGACUAUUCAGGCUCGUCAAACUUCAGUUUUUAAAAACGAAAAAUGUCUCUUAAUCUAUCAAAACUUAUUGACAAACUUGAACCACAAUUUGAUGAUUCAAGCUCAUUUAUGGGAAGUAAGAAUUACUUUAAUUCGGUGAAUGAUCCCAUUGAAGAAGAGGACGAUGAAGAAAUUCAACCAGCUCAGCUCUACUCUUCUUCAAGUUUCUCAAAGCUAAAGGCAUCUCAUGAUAAAGUAAAUUCGUUCCUAUUCUUCACUACAAAGAAAAAGAAGAUCAAGUCUAUUUGCCUUGAAUCUGAGCCUAUAUUGGAGGAAUUAGAGGAGUAUUAAGCGCAGGAUAUUGAUCAAAGAAAUCACACAUUCAUCAUACCUAAAAGAGAUAGAUAAGAUUCAAUGGAAAGUGGACAUAGCAGUGGGUAUGGGGGCUUGGGUUCCUUUAACAAUCAGAAUGCACACCAUCAAGCAAUUAAUGUACAGCAAGAAAGAGUAAAUAUCCAGAUAGCCAAUCAUAACUUGCUGCCUCCAAUUAUAGAGAAAUAAAAAGAUGAAGAUCCUGAUGAUGACAAUGAAAAAAAUUAAAAUAGCCCUGGGGAAGAAGAAAUAAAUUUAACCAAUUGA